GAGAAGAGAAUCCAAAUAGUACUAGUCGUAUAUCAAUAUCAAUAAAAACAUUUAAUAGUCAUUAAUAUAUUUACUUACUGUCAAAAAACAAAUGUUACUAAAAAAAUAGUCUCUUAUUAGUUGGCAUAUUCUACUUGUCUUUUAUAUCAAUCUCAAUUAAUGACAAAUAAUUAAUUCCAUAAUUAAUAAUAUUCGUCAACCGUUUACAAUGCAUUAGAAAACCUUCAAACUCUGCAAAUAAAUAUCUCCUACUCCUCUUGCUUAUCUCUUAACCAAAUUCUCAACAACCUUACGCAACAGGAACAUGGCGGUUGGAGAGACGGCGGCGGUAGAUAGUGGAGUACGUCGAAGAGGAUGUACGUUCCAAAAGAACGAUUUCUUCCCGGAGGAAUCGUUUAAGAGUUGGGGAAAUUACGGAAAAUCGAUUAUGGAAACACCUUUCCGAUUUAAGGAUCGUGUGUUGAAACGAUCAAGUGAUCAUGCUGAGUUGGUUGAGAUUAAGGCUAGGAGUGGGAAUGAGAUGAAGAAGACGCUGAAUUGGUGGGAUUUGAUGUGGUUCGGUAUCGGUGCUGUCGUCGGUUCGGGGAUAUUUGUUCUUACCGGACUUGAGGCUAGAGACCAAGCAGGUCCGGCCGUUGUGUUGUCGUUUGUCGUUUCCGGUAUCUCUGCUUUGUUAUCGGUGUUUUGUUACACAGAGUUUGCAGUUGAAAUUCCAGUUGCAGGUGGAUCAUUUGCAUACUUAAGAGUCGAAUUGGGAGACUUUGUGGCCUUUAUAGCUGCCGGAAACAUCAUCCUUGAGUAUGCUAUUGGCAAUGCUGCCGUAGCGCGGUCAUGGACCUCCUAUUUCGCCACCCUGUGCAACAAAAACCCCGAUGAUUUCCGUAUAAUAGUCCAUGGCAUGGACCCUGACUAUGGCCAUCUUGACCCUAUAGCUGUUGUAGCACUCGUAGUAAUCACAGCUCUUGCAGUAUACAGCACUAAAGGUUCUUCAAUCUUCAACUACGUAGCUACAAUCUUCCACAUGGCUGUCCUUAUCUUCAUAGUAAUAGCUGGUCUCACCAAAGCCAAAACUGUAAACUACAAAGAAUUCACUCCUUUCGGACUUCACGGUAUGGUUGAUGCUUCAGCUGUUCUUUUCUUUGCUUAUGUUGGUUUUGAUGCAGUUGCAACUAUGGCUGAAGAAACAAAAAAUCCUGGUAGAGACAUUCCAAUUGGUCUAGUUGGAUCAAUGACGAUUACCACUGUCAUAUACUGUUUACUAGCAGCAACACUAUGUCUUAUGCAGAAUUACAAAGACAUUGAUGUAAAUGCUCCUUUCUCUGUUGCUUUUAGUGCUGUUGGAAUGGAUUGGGCUAAGUACAUUGUUUCAUUAGGUGCUUUGAAAGGAAUGACAACUGUGUUAUUGGUUGGCGCCGUUGGUCAAGCUCGUUAUUUAACGCACAUUGCUCGUACUCAUAUGAUGCCUCCUUGGUUUGCUCUUGUUGAUGAAAGAACAGGAACACCUAUAAAUGCUACAAUCUCAAUGCUUUGUGCUACUGCUGUUGUUGCUUUCUUUACUGAUCUUAGCAUUCUGUCUAAUCUUUUGUCGAUUUCUACGCUGUUUAUCUUUUGUCUCGUGUCAUUGGCGCUUUUGGUAAGAAGAUAUUAUUCGAGUGGAGUAACUACAAAAGGGAAUCAAGUGAAUCUCAUUGUGUGUCUUGUGUUGAUUAUUGUAUCUUCAAUUGGAAUAUCAGCUUAUUGGAAUAAUACUACUACUGGUUGGAUCGGGUAUCCGAUUUUUGUUCCGUUGUGGUUUUUAGGAACUGGUGGUCUUUGGUUGUUUGUUCCAAUGGCAAAGAAGCCUAAAGUAUGGGGAGUUCCUUUGGUUCCAUGGUUACCUUCUUUAUCUAUUGCUAUUAACAUUUUCCUUCUUGGGUCUAUUGAUACAAAAUCCUAUAUAAGGUUUGCAAUUUGGACAGGGUUUCUCUUGGUUUACUAUGUGUUUUUGGGGUUACAUGCUUCAUAUGAUACAGCAAAACAGUAUGAUCAGAGUAAACAUAGUUCUGAGGAGGCUGAGAAGCAGUGGAACAAGGUGGAACAGGGUGUUGUAGAGCAAGAUUCUAGUACUGCACACGUUUCUAAUUGAUAAGUUUGUUGUGUGUAUAUGUUAAGUGUUAUGCCAUGCAUAAGUUAGCUUAUAUCUAUAUUGUGCAAAAAUAAUGAUUUCUUUAUUUUAGGUUGUUGAUUUGGGUGGGUGUAAAUGUUUCCUUUGAUUUAAUUUAAUGUUAAGUUUUAUUUUGGAA